AUGGCAAAUAAUUAUGUAUUAAACGCAGCAGCAGAUGUUUUUGAACAAAUACUUAUUCUGGAAUUGGAAAAAAAAACCAAAAAACGUGAAUAUUGGGUUAGAAAAUGGAUAAGUAGAAGGAAUACUUUAGGUGCAUCAGGAACGUUAUUAAAAGAGUUGCAUUUUGAAGAUCCUAGGUCGUUUUGUAACUUCCUUCGGGUUGAUUAUGACAUGUUCUAUGAACUCUUGCAAAAGGUUGGUCCUAUUAUACAAAGGCAAAAUACAGUUAUGAGAACAGCAAUACCUGCAGCAAUAAAAUUGCAAGUAGUACUUCGGUACUUAGCAUCUGGUGAUUCAAUAUCAUCACUUCAAUAUUUAUAUAGAGUUCCAAAGAAUACUAUAAGCUGUUUCUUGGAAGAAGUUUUAGAUGCUAUAUCUUCUCAGUUAAAAGAAUUCAUACAAGUACCAAAAAAAAAAGCUGAGUGGGAAAUAAUAACUAAUGGAUUCAACAUGAAAUGGAAUUUUCCACAAUGUAUAGGUGCAAUUGACGGCAAGCACAUAGUUAUAAAGGCCCCUAAACAUUCUGGUUCAUUAUAUUUCAAUUAUAAGAACCAAUUCAGCAUAGUUCUUCUUGCCUUGGUUGAUCAUGAUUAUGAUUUUACAUGUUUAGAUAUAGGGAGCUAUGGUAGUGCUUCGGAUGGAGGAAUUUUUGGAAAAUCAGCUCUUAACACUGCAAUAAUACAGAAUCGGUUAGAUUUGCCAGAAAAUAGUGUAAUUCUGGGAGAUGAAGCUUUCCCACUAAAAGAGUACCUAAUGAAACCAUUUCCCAGACGGCCUAACCAGCAUAUUAAGGAACGUGUUUACAACUAUAGACACUGUAGAGCACAUAGACCUAUUAACUCAUGGACGGCGCAUAGAGAGAGAAUACACAAUUCAACAUCGAGUGAGAGAGAAAGACCGAUACUCGGGAAUCAAUGGAAGAAAAACUCAAAAUGUUUCGUUCUUUUAUGA